ACGCAAAAAUGUCUGGAAAGAGUUUUCGGGUCAGCGACGGAGACUGGGUCUGUCCGGAUAAAAAGUGUGGAAAUGUGAACUUUGCCAGAAGAACAAGUUGCAACCGAUGUGGAAUAGACAAAACAACCGAGGCAAAGCUGAUGAAGGCUGGGGGUACAGAGAUUGGAAAGACCCUGGCUGAAAAGAGCAGGGGACUCUUCAGUGCGAACGACUGGCAGUGCAAAACAUGCGGCAAUGUGAACUGGGCCAGAAGAUCAGAGUGCAACAUGUGCAACACCCCCAAGUAUGCCAAACUAGAAGAAAGAACAGGGUAUGGUGGCGGUUUUAACGAGAGGGAGAAUGUGGUUUAUAAUGAGCGUGAGGAGUCUGAUGGAGAAUAUGAUGAGUUUGGUCGUAUAAAAAAGAAGUUUCGGGGCAAAAACAAGAAGGAGGACGAAAAGAAAGAGCCAGAAAAAAAGGACGCUGUUGAAGUACAUAAAGAUGCUGCUGUGAAUGAUGAUGAUGAAGACGACGACGAUGACGAAGAAGAUGGUGACAUUUCAAAAUACAAACUUGAUGAUGACGACGACGACGAUGAGGCUGAUUUGUCCAAGUAUGAUUUGGAUGGAAGUGAGGAACUGAAUCCAUCUGAUAAGAAAGGCAGUGCCUCUGGGUCUUCUCGCUCCUCCUCUCGCUCCUCCAGCUCAAGCUCACAAUCUCGGUCCAGGUCCAGAUCCCGCUCCAGGAGUUCUUCUGGUUCCAGAUCCCGCUCGCGCUCGAGGUCUCGCUCAAGAUCCAGCUCCCGCUCUCGAAAAGGCUCUGCUUCUCCAAGAAAGAGGUCUCGCUCAUCAUCCCCCGAGAGAGGCCAGAAGAGAAGUCGCUCAAGAUCCUCCUCUGGUGGACACAAAAAAAGACGCUCUCGCUCACAGUCGUCCGAAAGGAGCCAUGGUUCAUCUGGAUCAUCUCAUUCUGGCUCAAGCUCACAAAAGAAAUGAUUAAAACACACAGGAGAAAUCUUUCUAGCUGCAUGUUGCCGGGAAAAUUCAACUUUAAACUGUGCUUUUUUCAAGUGCUGCAGUGCUCACAUGUUUUCCAUCAUAAAUUUCUGCAAAUGUAAUCUGCCUUUCUGACCAUAUAGGCUAUUUUAACCCACCAGCAAACCAACUUGUUUAUGUUACUAGGGUAAUAGAAAACAUUAGGGCCUUCGUACUAAUUUUGUUUUUCACCCAAAGUAAUUCGUUUUCAAAACUAUUUUCAUUCAUGAGUUAAAAUUCUGUAUUGAUUUAUAGAUACUUAAAUGCUUGUUUUCCAAAUCCUGUAUUUUCUUUAGUUUGUUACGAACCUUAACAGAUUGCCUGAUUAAAUGCUAUAUUGGCCAUUACAUUAUUUUUGGUGAUAAUGCAGGACCCCCUACCCCAAGCUUUUAAAAGCUUCUUCUAGUCAUAUAAGGUGAAGGUAAGUAUGGUAUUCUUGUAGUGUAAAUGUAUUAGCCAAACUAUAAAUGGUAUGAGGACUUAUUGUUCUGUUUUCACAAAGUAAUGACAUUAUGAUUUGCAGUCUGGUUAAAGGAAAGGCUGUGAUUUGUCUGCAAACCAGCUUACUGUCUGUGCCAGACAAGUCUAUUAAUGAUAUGGUUAAUGCAGUUCCUUUUCACAACAAAAAUAGCAGUAUUUUAAGCCAAUUAGAUUUUUUCCCUUCUGGCAGCAUUUAUAGAAAAUAAUAGUAAAUCAUCAUUCAUUACAAACAAAUGACCAAUGUGAUUGGCGUGAAUAAAAACCUGUUAAUGUUA